AUGGCAAACGGCCUCGCCAUCGGCACUUCCGUCGCGCUUUCGGGUUCGUCUUCUUUCACCGCCGCAGCCCCAUCCGGCGCAGUCUUUGUCGCCAACGGCGAGACCUUCGAAGCUUCCGAGCUUGGGCCCGGAGACUAUCAACUGGUCGGAACCAACUUCUCCACGACACUCACGGCGGGCCAAGCUAUCACAUUCACGAAUGGUGACGUAAUAAGCGUGGGCUCUUCUGCGUUUGUGGUUGAUGGACAGACAAUCAGUGUUUUUGCAGAGACUUUCGUACCGGGUGGGACUAGCAAGGCGACGUCGACAUCGGCGCCGAUAUCAUCGACAACCACCGCGUCUGGUGCAUCAGCGAGCACGGCGGCAGCCAGUAUCACGACCAGCCAAAGCAGUGCUCGAAGGGGUUCGGAGGCGACGAGAAUGCAGUGGGCCGCCUGUAUAGGCAUGUUGAUAGCCUUAAGCCUUUAA